AAUUUUCCCGUUUUCCUCUUUUUCCCCUUUCCACAUCUUUUCCUCUUUAUAUCCCCUCCCCUUCCUCCUGCUCACUACUUUCAUCCUCAUCAUCAUUAUAACAAUCAUACACCAUAGUUUAAAGACUCCCCCUCUCCCCACUCACAUUCCCUCACCCUUCUUCUCCAACAAAAAAAAAAAAACGACAAAUUCAACCCAUUUCCAUCUUCUUCUUAUUCUGAAUUUCUAAACUUGUUUGAGCUUCUCUUAUCUUGUUUGUUUCUUUACAAUGCAAGCUUGUUCCCGUGAUUCAAGACGAUUCUUUGGUGCUUAAUUGGAUCAGGGAAUUCUAUUUAGAAUAGAAGCUUUGUUGUGUCAUAUUUUUGGUUGUUGAGGAUGGAAAAGGUUGGAAACUCUCUAAUCAUCAAUGAGUUAACUCAGGGGAGAGAGUUGGCAGCCCAGCUGAAAGGGCAGUUCGAUUCUUUUACAUCACCGGAGAUAUGUGAGCCACUGGUGGAGAAGAUCCUUUCUUCCUAUGAAAAAGCACUCACACUGCUCAACUUCAAACUCUUUUUUGGAGGAGACCCUAAUGCCAUGGAUUCCCCUCUUCCUCUUCUGGCUAACAAUUCCAAUGUUUGUCCCACCGGCGAAGCCUCCGAUGGUGAUUCCUCCAAGGAGCAAUGCCAUGUCUUCAAGAAAAGAAAGACAUCUCCACAGUGGAGCAAACAAGUCCGGGUUUGCUCUGCCUCAGGUUUAGGAGCCAACCUUGAUGAUGGCCAUAGCUGGAGAAAAUAUGGGCAGAAAGAUAUUUUGGGGGCUCAUCACCCAAGAGCAUAUUAUAGGUGCACUCAUCGCAACACGCAAGGCUGCUUGGCUACAAAGCAAGUUCAGAGGUCUGAUGGAGACGCUUCUGUUUUUGAGGUUACAUAUAAAGGAAGGCACAGUUGCAAAGCCUCUCAUCCGGCAAUGAUUUCUGGGGAAAAUGAGAGGCCAAAGCCUCAGUUUCAGGUGCAACAGCCCGAGGGAAAGCAACUGCAAGCACAAAGCUUGGUGCUUGACUAUGGACUAAAUCAGAAACUUGAAACCUCCGAAGAGGAUCAUGUUCUCCCUCCCUUCUCGUUCCCGCCUACAAUCAAAUGCGAGGUAGCAGACAAGGAAAAUAACUUGCUCAAGUGCUGUUCUCCUUCACCGUUUACCCCUCCAUCAACAUCGGAGGAGUGUAUGUACUUGUCAUUUUUGCCUGGCCAAAAUGAUGAUGAUGAUUUUGGACUGAGCCAAAUUCUGGACAGAUCAGAAUCUGAUCUCACUGAUCAUAUGAUUUCAACCCCAACUUCUGUCACCAACUCUCCUUUCCAAGAUUGGGAUUUUCUAGCUGAUCAACCUAAUCUUGAUGCAACCGAUAUCUCAAAGUACUUCUCCUGAUAACUCUAAUUACUAUUCUGGAUUAAUUCUGUGUAGCUAGCUAGCAUAAAUAAGUGUUGAGCAUCGCCUGUGGAAAGGGAAUCUAUUUUCUCCUGUCGAAAUUCAAAUUUCCAUAUAAUUUUGCAUCUCUUACCUAGAAAUUUAGAGGAGCUGCUUUUUCUUUUUUCUUUUUUUCUCCAUUUGAGCUUGUUCAUGUUUUUCCAGUUAACAGCAUUAGCUAGAGUAUUUAGUCUGAUAAGGAUUCAAUGUAUGAUAAGAUUAAGAGGUUGUGUACUUGUAGGAAACCAUGUUUCAGCUGCAAA